AAUAGUGUCACAUUUUGACAGUGUGGUGAAGGAAAUUAGGUAGCCAGCCAUGUGCAAAGUGCAAACCCCCAAGACUGCAGAAGAGAAGACUUCUUCGCCAGAAAUUCAUGGGACAGACUUUUGCUUAUCCUUACUCACCAGUCAUCCGGUGCCGGUGGGUAAAGGAACACCCGCCUGAAAUUAAUCUUCCAAUCAUACGGAAACACCCCCUUACUCAUCUUCACCCCGUAAUUUGUAUAUAUUAUCAUUUCACGUGAAACAGAGGAAACUGGAGUCUUAUUAUAUUAUUCAGAAUAAGAAAGAAUUUGGUUUUUCUUGGAGAAAUGAAGAAACUCCAGAUUUGUCAACGGACGAGCUAAGUACCCGACAAAUUUGUAGAUGCUGCUGUCUUAACUGUCCGGUGCUUAUGACAAAAAUCUCAUCCAAUAUUGGUGGGAUUUCGGUUACAAGAUUAUAGACAUAGCCAUUCUGAUAUUAUCAGUUUGUUUGGACUUUGACGUUCCUUGAGGAGGAGUUAUUGAUGGGAGAUUUCAGAGAGUCAACCAUGAACUUCAGUUGGCCCUGGUUGGGAAAGAAGAAUGAAGAUUUGUGGAGGGUUCUGUUUGUGUUGUUUCUCGGUCAACUGGUGUCUUUCGUAAUGGCGCUAAUGAGCUUCACCUCUUCCCUAAUCGCAAAUCUUGGUGCAGAUACGCCACUUACUCUAUCAUUCUUCUCUUAUUCGGCUUUGGCUCUUGUGUAUGGUGGCAUUUUGGUGUACCGCCGCCAGAAACUGCUGGUUUCUUGGUAUUGGUAUCUUCUCUUGGGUUUUGUUGAUGUUCAAGGGAAUUAUCUCGUUAAUAAAGCCUUCCAGUAUUCAUCAAUAACCAGUGUGACAAUCUUGGAUUGUUGGACAAUCGCUUGGGUAAUCAUACUCACCUGGAUUUUCCUUGGUACUCGGUAUACUCCAUGGCAAUUUCUUGGUGCAGCUGUUUGUGUUGUGGGGCUUGGAGUGGUCCUUCUCUCUGAUGCUGGGGUUGGUGGUGGAGGUGGUUCAAGGCCUCUUUUUGGUGAUUUUCUAGUUAUAGGAGGGACCGUAUUUUUUGCUCUGAGCAAUGUUGGCGAGGAAUUUUGUGUGAAGAAGAAAGAUCGUGUUGAAGUUAUUUCAAUGCUUGGCCUUUACGCAAUGCUUGUGAGUGUCGGCCAGAUAGCUGUCAUCGAACGCAAGAAUUUGGAAGCUGUCAAGUGGACUUCUGAAAUUGUGGGUGGUUCUGUUUUAAAAUAAUAACUACAGUUUGACUCUAUCUUUCCUUUUAUAUUGUCUUCUUUUUAUUGGUAAUAAUGUCAUGUGUGAUAUAACCUUUUGGUUGCACAAUUUUUCCCGGAAAAAUAUUUAUAAAUCAAACUUCAAAAACUAUUAGGGAGAAUUUUUCUCUUGAGACACGUUUUUGGUAGAGCCUUCAUAUAGGUGACUGAGGUGAUUUUCUGAGGUAAAUGGGAGCAACAUUACCAGUGUGAUACAAUUUUCUUCAUUUCAAUAUAGAAAAUUAGUAGCUUGGCAUCCUUGUAACUUUUGGGCAUCCGGUGGUUGUUUAUGCAUUAGUUUGAAUUGAUAAGAAAUCCACCUUUUUUUUAACAUAUAUUUUUUUAAACUGAAUAUUCGGUAUUUGCCUCUCAUUCACAGAUAUUAGCAUUCUUUGGCUAUGCAGUUGCGAGCUUUACAUUCUACUCAGUUGUUCCUUUUGUUAUGAAGGUGAGCUUCCCUAGCUAAUCCUAUGGAUCAUUUUCUUUGGGGCUGUGUAAAAACCCUUAUGAUCUUUAAUCAUCAAUGUCAAGGUGAAGAUCAAAACUUGGACUAUUUUGCUUCCGAAAGUUAGUGUAUAGCGAUGUUUGUGAGCUCCAGGAAAAUCAUGUUUCCGCAUCUUCUGCUUUUUACUACGUUAUUAAUGGUUGAAUUUGGUUUGGAGUUUCAUUACAUUAUGUCUAAUGCCAAAAAUAAAAAUGGUCACAGAUGAGCGGAUCCACUCUCUUCAAUCUUUCUAUUCUCACAUCCGACAUGUGGGCUGUUGUCAUUCGAAUAUUUUUCUACAAGCAGCAGGUAGCUCCAUGACUUCUCUGUGGCUUCUGAUGUCAUAUAAACUUCAGUUUUCUUCUUGUCCUUCAUGUUUAAAGAAGUUACAGUUGCACUUGUGGACUUAAUAGAAUGUGCCACUUAGCUAGCUAGAGAGCUUUCUGAGAGUUUUACAUCAUUUUACCUCUUGAAAUUGCAGGUUGACUGGUUAUAUUAUCUAGCCUUUGCAUUGGUGGGUAUUGGCCUCAUUAUAUACUCCAAGAGGUAACGGCCAGCUAUUACACAUUCUGAUACCAUAUAAUGCUUUAUAUCAGUUCAGCUGCAGCUAAUCUUCAUUCGAUCUAGUGCAUCCGAAUACACUACUAAGAGCCCCCUCCAUGUUUGACAGCGACAAUAACCCCAUUGAAGUAGUCGAGGAUGAAGACCCCGUCGCCCAGCUUGGGUUGCUGGAUGAUGAAGCCACAGAUAGCAGAGACGAUGGGCCAGUGCCGCCAUUAUGAGUUGUUUGUAUUUGCUUGCUCGAAAUUAAUUAAUAACGCAGAAGAAGGAAAAAGAUGGUUGUGAGACCCCAGAAUCAAGACCAAACAGACUUUUUCUGGAGAGCCAAAUGAUACUAUACUCUUUUAUGACAUAAGAUGAUCUCUAUGCAUAUACACGUAGUCUAGAACAAAUAUAAGCUCAGCUGAGUUGGAUUUGUGAAGUAGUAAUUGAUUGAAGUCCCCUUCUGAUCUUGAUCAUUGAUUGUAAUAUAGUUAUGAGACAUAGUACUUCAAAGUUACAAAUUGGCAUUCUCUUUUGUACUAGUGCAGGGCCUGCUCUCAGUUUUUCCCCAUCCAAUUAUUGCAACGGAAUGGAACGGUUCUUAUAUAAGUAUUCCUGCUUCGUUUUGAGAUGCUUAUCAUUGUUGGUUCGAGUGAAGAAAGUAGUAGUGUGUGUCUGAUACUCUGAUCUGAUACUAUUAGUUCAAAAACAAGGCCAUAAUGGAGAGAGCCGAAAGUGGCAAGUCGGUUCAUAACCUAUUUCCAAAUCUCAACUAGAAAAAGCUUUUGAUUAAAAACACGUCUGAUCCAUGCCAAGUAAUUGACCUCUAAAUAGGCCAUUACUCAGUGGCAUCUUGUGUUCAAGUAUAUCACACGGUGGUGGUGGUGGUGGGAUAAUGUUUAUCAGGACUUGAAACCGAGGCAUUAAUUAGUUCAACCUAUAUUUUUCUAACUCCAUUCUUAUUUUUGGGAAUAGGGGAAGAGAGAGUAGCCGUGGACAACUUUUGUCUGUGGUGCAUAACACGUCAUUUUUCCUUCUCAAUUCCCAUAGCUCUAUGCCUCUAUCAUCA